AAAGGAAGCAGGAUGGCAUUAAUUAAUUGUGCCAAAUGUCUAUAUAUUAGCAGCCAGAAUAGUUAUGCCAUAUGAUUGGCACAGAAAAGAAUAUACCUAGUGUUCGCCGGUGAGUGUACAACUACAAGAUCUGCGUUUUUUUCUAGCUAGCUCUAGCUAGCAGAUGAAGUAUCUGGUGUUCAGCGCUGCUCCAAGCAAAUUAGGCAAAAACCAUGGCAUCCAAACAGAUGGUACAUAUGAAUCGAGGCCAAGGGGAAACAAGCUAUGCUCGAAACUCCAUUCUUCAGAAAAGCUGUUAAUCCCGAGUAAAACGCACCUGCAGAACGCUGAACAGAACAGGAUGAGGCCGCUGAUAGAAGACGCCAUCGCCGACCUCGUAUGCAGCAGAAGCAUGGUGAUCGCCGACCUGGGCUGCUCAUCCGGCCCGAACGCGCUCGCGCUCGCGUCGAUCGCCGUCGACGCCUUCCGCCGCCGGUGCCUCGCGCUCCGGCGGCCACCGCCACCGGCGGAGCUCUGCGUACUCCUCAACGAUCUCCCCGACAACGACUUCGCCACGGUGGUGAAGAGCCUCGUGGAGUUCAGGCGAAACAACGGCGACGAGCCUGUCCUCCUGACCGGCGUCGUGCCUGGCUCCUUCUACGGGAGGCUCUUCGCCGCUGAAUCCCUGCAUCUCGUCUGCUCGUCCAACAGCCUCCACUGGCUCUCCGAGCAGGCUCCUGAAGAUCUGAAGAUGAACGGAAUUCCGGCAUACGACGUUGACGCGAACGUGAGGAGAGAGAGACGAGCCGUGGUCGUUGGGGCUUAUGCACGGCAGUUCAGGAAGGAUUUCAUGGCGUUUCUGAAGAUGAGGGCUGUAGAACUGGUCCCAGGAGGCCGAAUGGUACUCUCACUUGCAGGCAGGCGAUCUGUUGAUCUCGCCUCCGAACUCACGCACGCAUGGGAAUCCACAGCCAUGACCCUAAGUGACAUGGUCACUAUGGGUGUGAUUGACAAAGAAAAGUUUGAAACAUUCUACAUGCCGAUUUACGGACCUUCCGAUGAAGAGAUCAGACAGAUCAUCCAAGAAGAAGGGUCCUUCUUGAUACGGGAGAUGCAGGUACCUGAACUCACGAGUGGUGCGUACAGCGCGCUGAUCACCUCGGCAAGGGUAGCAAGUAUGCUGAGAGCCGCAUUCGAGCCCAUAAUUGUUCAGCAUUUUGGACCGACCGGAUGCGAUGGAAAAGAAGGGAUCAUGGAUGAGUUCGUGAGGACGGCGGAGCGUCGGUGGAGCUUGGAGGGCAGCUUGCAAGACGAGCUUGCACAAAACCCUCGAGGCGUUCUGCUUGUGUCCCUCGAGAAGAAGCCGUCAUGACCAUCCGGUAGAUUAUAAUUAUAAUUAUGUAACUGCUACCUUCUGUCGACAGUAAAUCCAUUCUUAAAUCUGGUAGAUUUUAUACCACUAUAUUGGCCGAUUUUAGUUCAUAAAAAGAAAUUUUUUAGUUGUCA